CAGGACUGGGAGAGUCAGGAACUCACCAGAGGUCACACCAGGUAGGCAGUUAGAAGCCAGGAGGAUCAGGACAGAAGCCAGGAAUACACCAAGCACCAGACCAAGUAGUCACUAGAAGUAAGAAGGCCAGACAGAAGCCGGGAACACACUGCAGAUCAGGCCAAGAAUCAGUCAAGUCAGAAGGUUAGAACAGGAGCCAGAAACAAGCCAAAGGUCAAGCCAAAUCAGCAAUCAGGAGCCAGAGGGUCAAGCAGAUAAUCAGGAGUCAAAACAAGCCAGGUCACACCAGGCAGAAAGACCAAUACACCAGAAUCAAGGGAACUUUGAUAGUAAGGCAAGGCCUGCUUCAACCAGGAAGCCUCGUGUAGUUCCUGCUGCAGGGAAAGGCCAUUGAAUGACCCCCCUAGGGCGGGGCUUGUUCUGGGCCAUAGUAGCCUAGAAAUCUGAUGCAACAUAGUGGGCAACAACAUGCAGGGUCUCCGGGAAGACAGAGCAUGAUGGGAAGGAGAAAAAAGGAGAAAGUGUCUACUGUCGCUGCUACCACCUGAGCCAAGCUAGGAAUAGAGGUGGCAGCAACAAUGACUUAAGGUAGAAAAGAAUGGCCCUCCGCACGUCCAGCAAGUGCAAAGAAGCUUCCAGCGGUGUGGAUGGAUUCUUGUAAAACCUUUUACAGAAGAAUGGACAGAUAUCCACGGCUAAUGGAAUUACAGAAGACCCGGUGGAGCUCAACCUCAAGCUGGAGGAGCUGAAUGGACAGCAGGGAGAAGUUGGAACAGAUGUUGGACAAAGAGAAACUGCAGAUGUGAUCCUAAAAGAGGAGUCUGCUGAAAACAUGGAGACUAAGCCACUGGAAUCAGCUGAUAAAACCAGUGCAGAUGAUGAACAGAAGGAUACACCAGAUGCUGACAAACAGUUGCCAUCGCCAGAAGAAAAGGUGGAGGAGCAGGAACAACCUAGUGAAUCUCCAUCAAAUGAUGUUGGAUUUAAAAAAGUGUUUAAGUUUGUUGGAUUCAAAUUUACUGUUCGGAAAGAUAAGACUGAGAAAUUGGAGCCUGUUCAGCUAUUGAAUGUAAAAUCAGAUGAUACAGAAGUGACAUCAGAUGGAGCUGGAGAUUGCAAAGAGGUCAAGGUAGAUGCUGUGGAGGAAGCAAUACAAAAUGAAGUGUCCCACCCUGUAGAAAAGGCUGAGCAAGAAACUCAAACUGAGAAGGUGAAAGAAGAGACUUCUUCUGAAAAAGUAACAGAAAGUCCUGUUGAGCUAACUGCAGAAAGCAAGGAGACAGAAAUUAAGAGUAAUGGCAACAAAUCUCCAGAGUCUCCAACAAGCCCGUUAACUAAUGAAACAGCAUCACCCCUAAGAAAGUUCUUUACUCAGGGAUGGGCUGGAUUUAGGAAAAAGACAAGCUUCAGGAAGCCCAAAGAAGAAGAACAGCAAGUAAUUGAGAGAGAUAAACAAGAGCAAGAAAAAGCUGUGGCAAUAGAAGAAACUGUUAUCAAAGAAGAAGAUGAAAAAGAAAAGCCUGCACCAGAAAAAGAUGCAACAGAACUUACCUUAGAAGCCACUGAUGAGAAAGUGAAAAAAGAAAUUGAAGAAACAAAAAUGAUAGAUGUCUCAACAGAAACAUUUCAAGAGGAAGCUGUUGCUCCCUGUGAACAGCCUUCACCACAAGAGUCUACUACCACUGUAAACAAAGAAUCCCAGACAUUCUUAAAUGAUCUAGCCUCUGAGGAAAAAUUAGAACCAGUGCAAAAAUCUUCAAUAACCCUAGAGCAGAGCCCUCUUGAAUCAUCUGAAGGGAAAACUGAACUAGCAGUUCCCUUGGCAACUGAAAUAACUGAUGAAAAAUUAGACAAAUCUGAAUUAACUUCUCCAACAGCAAUAGAAGAGCUUGAGGAACAUUUUGAAAUGGUUGAAGAUAUAUCUGAACCAAAGGCUCCUCUAGCAACAGAAAUAUUUGAUGAAAGACCCACAGAGAUAAAUAAUGUUAGCACUGUUGUGAAGAAGGAAGAUACAAAAAUGAAUGAAAAAGAAGAACUAGUUCUUGAACAAUUAGUUGAAACAGAUCCUGGGAUUCAAAAAGGACAAACUCCUGACGAGCAGUUGAAAGUGAAAGAUGCUCUGCCUGAAGUAGCGAAUGAACAGAUCAAGCAAACAGAAUCAAGCAGUGGAGAUGCAGCAACAUCUAAACCUCCAGAAGGCAUCACAAGUGAAAUUGAUCUGUUCUCAUCACAAGAAAGAGCCAAGCUGCAAGGCAGCCCCUUAAAAAAGCUUUUUACAGGAACUGGCUUAAAAAAGUUGUCAGGAAAGAAACAUAAAGGAAAAAGAGAAGAAGCUAAGUCAGGGGAAGCAGCAGAACAAAUACAACAAUUGUCUGAUUCUGCAGAAAGUCCAGAAGAACCAAAGGCCGACAGCUCUGCUUCUUCCCCUGAGGAGGCAACUGAAUCUGUAGAAAAAGUUAUAGAUACAGCACAGAUUAUGGAAACUGAAGAAGGGUCUACUUCAGAUAUGGAGAAGAAAAGAGAAAGUGUUACACCUUGGGCAUCAUUUAAAAAGAUGGUGACUCCUAAGAAGCGAGUCAGGCGGCUUUCCGAAAGUGAUAAAGAAGAAGAAUUUGAAAAGGCAAAGAGUGCUACUCUGUCUUCAACUGAAAGUGCACCCUGUGAAGAACAAGAAGAUAUUAAAGAAAUUAGUGAGGAACAGAAGUUAGAAAAAACAGAUGAGCCUAAGAGAAAAGUUGAUACUUCUGUAUCAUGGGAAGCCUUAAUUUGUGUAGGAUCCUCUAAGAAAAGAGCUAGAAAGUCAUCAUCUUCUGAUGAGGAGGUGGGACAAAGACUUGCUCAAGAAGGACAAAAAAUGGAUGAAGAUGGACCAAAUAAAGAAACAGCACCAGACAUGACCUUUACUAGUUCACAAGAAAGUGAUCAGGGACAAGGAAAUUCCUCUCCAGAACAAGCUGGAAGUCCAUCUGAAGGUGAAGGAGUUUCAACAUGGGAGUCCUUUAAAAGACUAGUAACCCCAAGAAGAAAAUCUAGAACAAAAAUGGAAGACAGAACUGAAGAAUCUGCUGUACUUUCAAGUUUAGAACAUUCUACUUCAGAUGGAGAUUCUGGAAAAGAAGAAUCCUGGGUGUCAUUUAAAAAAUUAAUGCCUGGUCGUAGGAAGAAAAAGUCAGAUGGAAUACCAGAACAUGCUCCUGUUGAGGAAGCUGGAGAAGAAAUGGCAGAUACCAAUGAGGAAGAUUCUGAUGUUCCAGCUGUUGUUCCUUUAUCGGAGUAUGAAGCUGCUGAACAAGAGAAAUUUGAAGCACAAAAGGCAGUAGAAGAUAUAACUAAGAAAGAAACUUUGGACCAGAGAACUGAAAAGUCAGAAGGUACUUUAGUAAUUGAACAUACUAAUAAUGAAGGGCUUAUUCAUGCAGUUACUGUUACAGUGGUAGAAGGGGAGAGAGCAGUUACAAGUAUUGAAGAAAGGUCACCAUCUUGGAUAUCUGCUGCUGUGACAGAGUCCCUUGAAUAUGCUAAUGAAGAUGAAGAAAAGCAAACUGAGCAGAUCUCUGGAACUGGAGUUGUUGAAGAAACAGUGGUAGUGAUGAAACUCAUGCCAGAAAUUAGAAAGGACAUUAGUGGUGAUACCAUAAUUAGUGAGCUGGAGAUAACAUCAGAAGCAAUUACAGCUCGUGAAGAAGCUUCAGGUAUUGAGGAAGCAACUGAAGUGUCCUGUGCUGAAGAGACCACUGAAAUGGUUUCCGCAGUUUCAAGGCUAACUGAGUCCUCUGAUACGACAGAAAUAGUUACACCUAUACAGGAAGUAGAGGAAUGCCAGCAAAAUCUAGAAGAGUUAAAUAAACAAACACAAGAAGUGCUGCAAGAAGUUGCUGAAAGAGUUAAAUUAUCUGAUAGAGCACAGAUGAUUAGUGAAAGUAUGUCAGAAGUAAUUCAGCCACUGUCAGUAGAGAAAACUGAGCAACAAAUUACUGCCACACUUCAAGAAUCUGAACUGGCUAAACCACCCUUAAAGCAAGAACCUGAAAAGAUAGAUUUUGAAAGUAAUGAAGGCACAGGUAGUGGUCAAGUUCAAGAUGAAGUUCAAGAAAGUGGUCUGAAGGAAGUGUUGGAGAAGAGUAAUGACAUAUCUGUGGAUGUGAAGGAAAUCUCAGUAGAAACUACUAAUUUUGAUGCAGCCAAUGAAGGCAAGAUUGAACAAGAAGUUGUAGAAAGUCAUGAAGAAGUUACUGAAGAACAGAUAACUGAAGAGAAAUCUGAAGAGGAAGAAUUUGUCAUUGUUACUGUAACCCCUGAAGAGGAGUCAGAAGCAAAGUUUGGUGAUACAGAUGGAAAGCAACAAGCAUGUUUGAAAGCAAUAGAAAGUGAAGAGUACAGUACUGCAUUUGCAGUUCAUGAACUCAAGAUGAAUUUAGAAGGAACAACCCAGAGUGAGACCACAGACAGUGCUCCAGAAGCAGAUGAAUCGGUGACAGUAAAGUGUCAAGAAAAGCUACAGUUUCCCCUGAAACUUGAACAAGUGGAUUACAUCACACCUUACCAAGAAGCUGAAAACACAGAAAUAACUGCAGUUGAGUUAAAGAAGACUCCUACACAAAAUGAAGUAAAAGAUGCUGGACAACCACUAUGCACUGAAGUAUGUGUACUUGAGGCGCCCAUCCAGAGCAAGACAAUUGAAGGUCCUGUUCAGAAAGCAAUAACUGAAAUCAGUGAUGUGGGCAAAGAUGUUGCACUUGGCUUAGAAAAGGAAAGCAUAGAAGAGGUCUAUGUACAGAAGAAGGACUCUGAUGUCAGUCUGGAUGGUGUGAAAACUGAGACUCAUGAACAGAAGGUGGAACCUGAAGUUGAACUGCAGAAAUUAGAAACUGUAAUAUCUGUGGUAAAUAUGAAAUCAGAGGCUCUCCAGCUGGAUACAGGGACAAAGCUGCAAGGAGAGACUAUGGAAAGAGAGAUGCCCACAAUAAAGGUGGAAGUGGAAGUUCACAAAGAAAAUGUAGAGAGUGACGCCCAUAAACAGAAGGCAGAGACAAUGGGCCAUUUAAAAGAAGUGACAGAGGAGUCCCACCUACAGAUUAUGGUGGCAAAGAUCCUGGUUGAAAAGGCAGAAGGAAAGGUGGGUGUGGAGCAAACUACAGAGACGGCAAAAGCAGAGUCCUUUACAGAAAAAGCAGAAGUGGAGGCCUCCACAGAAAAGGCAGUAGCAGAGGUCCAUGCAGAAGAAGCAUAUGCAAAGGUGGAUGUAAAGGCUCAUGCAGAAAAGGAAGACGCAGAAGUUACCAAGGCAAAGAUGGCAGUGGAGGCCCCAAUAGAGUCUGUGGAAGCAGAAGUUCCUGCAGAGAAGAUGGAAUUGGAGGUCCCCACAAGAAAGGCAGAAGCAGAGGCCUCCUCAGAGCGGGCAGAUGCAAAAGUGGAAGCAGAGGCCUGCGCAGAGCAGGCAGAUGCAAAAGUGGAAGCAGAGGCCUCCUCAGAGCAGGCAGAUGCAAAAGUGGAAGCAGAGGCCUGCACAGAGAAGGCAAAGGUGGAGGGCCCCACAGAGUCUGUGGAAGCAGAAGUUCCUGCAGAGAAGAUGGAAUUGGAGGUCCCCACAAGAAAGGCAGAAGCAGAGGCCUCCUCAGAGCAGGCAGAUGCAAAAGUGGAAGCAGAGGCCUGCACAGAGCAGGCAGAUGCAAAAGUGGAAGCAGAGGCCUGCACAGAGAAGGCAGAGGUGGAGACCCCUACAGAAAUGGCAGAUGGAAAGAUGGAUGUGGAGACCCCUGCACAGAAGGUGGAUAUGGAGACCUAUGCAGAAAAAGGAGAGGCAGAAAUUUCCAAGAAGAAGAUUGAAGUAAAUGUUCCUGCAGCAAAGGUAGAUAUGGCAGACAUGACAGAGGACACAGAAAUGAAGUCUUCCAUAGAAAAAGGAGAAGCGGAAGCCCUCGCAGAGAAAGCAGAAGUAGCAGUCCCCCUAGAAAAGACAGACGCAAAGGAGGGUGUAGAGGCUCCUCCAGAAAAGACAAGUGAUGAGGCCCCUGCCAAGCGACCAGGUGAAAUGGUAAAAAUAGAAGCUGCCACCAAGCAGCUAGAACCAAAGGAGGCUCUGCAGAAUGUAGAGACUGAGCUCAAAUUUCAGUCUGAGAAGGAAGAUAUGAUGAAUUCCUUAGCAACAGAUGUUGAAAUAGUUUCAGUUGAAACCCCAAUUCAUAUUGAUUCAGAGCAAGCAUCUGUGGAAAGUGACAUAACGGUAGUUCCCGUGCAGAGAGAGGCACAAGAUAUUGCCCUUUCCUUAGAAUCAAGACAUUUGGAUAACGCUGUGUCUGAGAAGCCUUUCCAGAGUGAUGUUCAGGAUAUGGCUCCUGCUUUAGAACAAAUCUUGACAGAGCAAGUUGUAACUGAGGAACUGGUGGGAAUGGGGCUGGUUAAAGCUUCAGUACCUUAUCAGGCUGCUGUGGGUGUCACCCAGAAUUAUGAAGAAGAUGCCAGACUUACCUUAGAAUUGCAAUGUAAAAAAGGAUUUUCAACUGAAGCCCCAGAAAGUGAUGAGCUGGGUAGCGUUACACUUGUAGAAUCAAAAUGUACAGAAGAAAUUGUAACUAGGACUAUUGUGCCAAAGGAAAUAAUUAUAUUGCCUAUGAAGAACGACACAGAAGCAUUACAAUGCAUGGGCACCACUGUGUCUGAAAGCCUAAAGCAGAUUGAAAAGGAAUGUAUUUUGGAAUCCAAAUCCACUGAUAUUCCAGUAACUGAGCACACUGUAAAAAAUGAGGCAACUGUGGAUUCAAUGAAAAAUGGGCUUGAAAGCGUGGAACUAGCUAUUGAAUCAAAAUCUACAGAAACAAUCAUAACUGGGGCUGCAAAAACUGAUGUAGAACAAGACCUCCUUGUCUCAGACUCCAGAUGCUCAGAGAAAGUUUUCUCAAACGUCAUCUUGGAAAAUAAAGGAGAAAGUGCUCCAACAGACUUAAAAUCAGAAGGCAAAGAAGCAGGUGUGAAUGGAAUCUCUGUGCAGAUGGACAUGUGUCCGGAUAAGUCAGAAACAGUUCACCCACUUUCAGAGUCUACAGCAGAUUUAGAUUGCUGUCAGAAAAUGCAAGUGCUGUCAGAGAAGGCACUAACAACGGAAACCAAAAAACCAACAAAAGAGGUUGAGCUUGCCUGUGGGGAUGUACUUAAUGAAGCUCCAGUGCAGCAAGAGGUUUUCACCAUGCAACAAGACAUCGCCACCUUUAGCAUUCCUGAAGCUCAUAAGUCCUCUGUAACAAUAACAUCUGCAGCACUUGAGGAGCAGGUCAUUUCAGAAAAUGUCACAUCUACAGAAAUAUCAACUGAAACACUGCUGUCUCUAUUAGAGAAGCCAAAAGAAACAGAAUUCAAAAAAGUGCAACCAGUGAGCUUUACUCACUCAGGACUUGGGGCUCUAGGUCCUGAUACCGAAGCAGUAUCAUUUUCCAAGAAAGUAGAGUCAACAGUAGAGGAACCAGGUUUAUCAGCAAUAAGAUGCACUGAAGAUGCUUUGAUCCCGGCACAUGUAUCUGAUCCUGAAGUGAAGGUUCAAAAAUCAGACUCCAGUAAAGAUGCUAAAAAAAAGGUGACAUCUCCAGAAAGAAGCCCCUCUUUAACCCAUAUAGAAUUUCAAAAAGACGUUGUGCAAUCUGUGACUAUAGAGUCUCAGAGUACAAAAAUUGUACUGAAAAUAAUCCAGAAUGCUGUUGAUAAACUGGAGGAAACGGAAGAGGAAGGACCCCUAUCAAAGCAGCAGAGUGAAUCAUUUGAAACUGAGGAAGACAUUCAGGCUGAUCUGCAGCUUCCUGGGGAAAGCAGAGAAGAGAAAACUCAAGAGAUUCAGCCAUCAUCUAUAAUUUUAAUGCAGUCUGCACAGAAACAAAAGACCCACAAAACAACCGAAGAAAUGCCUUUAAUUUCUGAUAGAUGUGAAGAUGGAGAAAUUUGGUCUUCAAAAAAGACAAGUGCUGAUCUAGAAGCAGUGAAAUGCACAUUGCAGGCAGAUAAACAACAGUGCGCUGUGACAACUACAGCACAAGACCAUGGAGCUGUGAAUGAAACUGUGAAAGAGAUGAAGAAAGAGACAGGUUGGCAGAAAGAAAAUGGUGAACCAAAGCUUGAAUCUGAAGUAGAGACCGCUAUUUCAACAGGGACUCAACGAGCAACAGUGGAAGGCAUUGUCUCAGAAGAGCUAGCCAAAGCACCACUUGACCUAGAACAACCAAAGGUAAAGGAUGCUGAAGGUGAGCAGACUGUUCAGAUCCAAGAACAAUGUAUAGAAAAGCAAACACAUAUAAAGAGGAAAGAGUACCAUAGCCAGUCAGCAGGAUUUGUGGAGACACUCACAGAGAAAGAUGAAAAUAAUCAAGACUGUACAACUUGUGAGAGUCCACAGCUAAAAUCAGAGCUCAGUGAAUCCUGAGAUUUAAUUUCUGGGAAAGCUGUGUCUUAUCCUUGGAGGGACCAAUAUCUGAAGAAGGCAGAAGAGACUGGAUUCUGCUUAACUGGGCUGGAAACCAUUGAUUUUGAACCGUGAGAACAGACCUCUGCUUUCUGAUGUCACUCUAAGAAGGCACCCGACAAUCCUGAGGCACCAUCAGGAGCUUGAGCCACCUCCUUUUACUUUUGAUUGUUAACACUUCCUUUUCAAAAUAUGAUUUUAUAUUGUUUGGCUGGUAACAUGAGAGGGGGGAGGGCAAGAAGUGUUGCUGAAAUGAACUCCAUACCUUGACCUAGGAAGGGAGUUUGGCAUCUUUUAGGCUCCCCCUUUUUAUCAGGGCUUCCAAAACUAGUUUGUAAUUCUUUGUGUAUUUAUGUGUAUAUCUUCAAGCAAAAUUUGAUUUUAAUGUAUAUUUCCUCCUCGAUAUAUGUGAAAAAAAAACAAAAUUACCUGCUCACUUUUCUUGCCCAGUAUAGAAAUAACUAAAUAAAUGGACCAUAGGGAAGUAAUAUAAGUGAACUGCAGCUGGCCAUGAAUGGGUUUAGAUUCCAGCUGUGUGGAAGGAUGUGAGAACUAAUCUUUAAUGCUGUAUUUGGUCUUGCUUCCUUCAGAGUAAUGGUCAAAAUAUGCAGUUUCUCUUUGGAAUAGUUGUGAUGCCAAUUUAUUAAAUAGAAGUUGAUUUUCCAUCACAUUCUCCAGCGAUGGUAAUGUUUUACUCCUGUGUAUUGAAAACUUUUAGGCUACAGUUGAAUGGAGAGUUUGGUGUGCUGAAGAAGAAUAAUUUCAGUGUUCUUCAGCCUGCCCUCUGUAUUGGAUUGUGCUUUCAAAUUUGAUGACUUUUUUUUUUUCUGGAAUCACUUGAGGGAAUGUGGGAAAUCCUUGGAAGUCAGACAAAUCAAUGGUGACUUCAUACUGCUCAAAAGCCUUCAGGUGUGAUUCAGUUAAUUGUCAUACCAUAAGACAAAAUAUUGAACUGGCUUUAGUCUAUCAAGAAAAAUGAAAAAUUGUUCAAUGUUUCUGCUUUCCUGUUCUUGGAACAUGCCCAUGUCAUGGAAUGAGACAAGUUCUUUUUUAAAAAGGCUUAAUGAGCAAAGGAUUAUUCUGCUCCACAAUUGUAUUCCCCUUGUUAGGAAAAUAUGCUUCAUUAUACUUAUGUACAUUUAGUAAACUGUGAUUUCUGAAAAGUGAUUUAAAUAAAGACUUGGCUUACA